AUGUGGGAUCCUCCCAGCCCAGGGAUCGAGCCCAUGCCCCCUGCGCCGGCAGGCAGACUGUCAACCCCUGGAUUGCCGGGAAGUCCCAGAGCUGACCCGCCUCUAAUGGUGGAAGGCUCCCAGCAGUUGAGGGUACAAGGACAAGCCUCAGAGGCUGAUGCCUGGGUGACACCAGAUGGAACCAGCCCAAGCUCUCCCCCUGUUUCCAGUGGGAUGAAAGCUCAAACAGAAACGGGCAGGGAACAGCCAGAGUACAGAGGAAGUGAUUCAUUCUUCCAGGUCUUCCUGGGCAGGAAGCGAGUGGGAGGAAGAGGGUCAGGGAAGGCUGCAGAAGAGGUGACAUUUGAACUGGGUGUGGGUGCUUCACUUCUGAAAAUCAGCCACCAGUAG